UGUUUAAAUGUUUUGCUUGGUUAUUAACCUCUAAAAUUAAUGUACAAUGCGAGUAUUUUCUAUCCUACUUUCAAUUUGAUAAAUAUUUGAUAAAUAACAUAUGUAAUUAUAAAUAAAAGUUAUAGUAAUCUAAUUACAUUACAUCCGGAUACUUUAAACAAUGACAGCCUCACGCUGCCAAAUGAAACGUCAUCAAUUUAACUGCACUGUGUGCUGCGCCCUCAAGGAAAUCGGAAAAAGGGCAAACGCUGGCCAAAUGCGUGAGUCUGGCUGGCUGUCUGUCUGGUGGGAAUCCCUUGGACACCAAGGAAAAAAGGGACAUGGCGACUGGGGGCUUCCCCAGAAGCGAGGCAACAACAACAUGGGCCAAACACUGCCAUGCGGCAGCGACGCGACCGCGCUGCCAGCAACAUUCAGCGGCGAGACUCUGGCACUCUGGCACUCUGGCGAAGAAGCCUCGGCAACAUCCACAGUCGUUCCUCGGCCGAGCAACCGUCUGCAUCGCGCGCACUCUCGAAGCGAUUUGGAGCCGCACCAACCCUCGGAGGACCAGCGGGAAGUGUUCACCACCCAGCAGAGGCGCCACCAAGUCGCGUUCCGCAUCCCCAAAGGAUUCGCAUAGACAUUCCAAGGAAGCAGCAGCCAUGUCAGCGGUGCCGAUGAAAGCCUUUCUGGCUGGCGUUUUCUUGCUGGCCAAUGCCUGGCACAUCACAGCUGUAAAUGAGCAGCACCAGAAGCAUCAUCUGCAGUGCUGGCACUGCAGCUCGGACACCAUUGGGGCGGAGGACUUCUGCGACGUGACCUUCCAGGAGGACAACAUUCCCACUGACCUGAUCAAGGAGCGGAACAUCAAUCUGCUGAGGAGCUGCAACAGCACCAUUAACUCCGAUCACGAACGGGCCGUUUGCCGCAAGACCGUGGAGGAAAAUAAUGGCAAGCAGGUCACCAAGCGGUUCUGCUACUACACCAACAAAUCAGAUCCCGUGGAGCUGUGCAACAUCACCAGUCCGGAGAAGAAUGUGCGCCGGAUAUUCUGCGAGGACUGCCUCACCGAUCGCUGCAACGGAGCCUUUGCGGGAGCAUCCAUUUUGCAGAUGCUGUUGCUUCUGCCCAUUGUGGCCCUGAUCCAACAGUUGGCCAUCUAAGCAAAGGAUCCCCAGUCGCUUUUCUUUUCAGUUGGAACGUGAUAUUUUGCCUGGCCUCACGGCCCGCGCUGUUGCUGAUUUACGUUUACGUUUAAGUUUACGUUUACGUUUCCAUUUAGCUCGAAUUAACUUAGUUUCGGGGACACUAGCCCCACCACUCAUUAGCUUACAUUCAGAUGGAAGGUUAAGGAUCGUUUAUAGGUUUAUAGUUUGCCUGGCCGAGUGCCGAUGUUUGCCAAGCUCAAAUUCCAAAAGAAAUCCAAUUCAAACUUUUAACAAACAACACAAUACCAUAACGAAAGAAACUAUAAGUAAAUGAAAAAAUAUUCAGUAGCGAUUAAACCCCCAAGCACAGUAAAUACUCACUUAUUAGACAAUGUACAACAUGAUAUUUUAAUGUAAAGAACACAAGCCUUCACCUAUGUAAUUAUCUCAGAAGCUAGACAAAGAAAAACACGCACUUAAAAUCAAGGUGUUAAAGCACUCGAAAAUACAAAACCGAAA